AUGGAGGACAGCUCAGAGGAAGGGCUUCGAAGCUUUCUUCCAGCAUCGUUUGGGAAACAGGCCAGAACCGCGAAUAUUGAUGCCCAGAUCGACCGAACAAAGCGACAGGCAGAAGAUGAAAGUUCAAGGGACCAGUCUGCCCGCGCCAGUUCUGCAUCUUCUUCAGAUGACGAUUCGGAGUCUUCAGAUGAGGAUGACGAAUUUCCAGUCUCGCACGAGCUUGUGCUCAAGACUCACGAACGCGCCGUCACCACUGUAACAGUCGACCCCUCCGGAUCCCGACUUAUAAGUGGAUCGACAGACUGCACGCUCAAGCUUCACGAUUUUGCAUCUAUGACACCCACUACGAUCCGUGCUUUCCGCUCAGUCGAUCCAACAGCAUCGAAAACUUCCGCUGCCUCUGAAACGCAUCCUAUCAACCACAUUGCAUUCAAUCCGCUUUCGCCCAGCCACAUGCUGGUCAUUCCGGCAUUACCGCAGGCCAAGAUUCUCAAUCGAGACGGAGAAGUGAUCAGCGAGUUCGUCAAAGGAGACAUGUACCUUCGUGAUAUGAAUAAUACAAAGGGCCAUAUUUCAGAAAUCACGACUGGGACUUGGCAUCCGACUGAAAAGGAACUCUGCGUCACUGCUGGUACAGAUAGCACUCUUCGCAUCUGGGAUAUCAACAAUAAACGGUCUCAAAAGGAAGUGAUAGUGUACAAAUCAAAGGUUGCCGGACAGGCCGGUCGGACAAGGAUGACGGCGGUGGCAUGGGGAAGCCCUCUUCAAGGCGGGCAAAAUGUGCUUGUUUCUGCCGCCUUGGAUGGAACCCUUGUAAUGUGGGGUGGCAACGGGCCUUUUACUCGGCCGUCAGCUGAAAUUAGAGAUGCGCACGUCAAGAACACUUGGACUGGUGGUAUUGAUAUCAGUGCAGAUGGCAGAUUGGUGGUUACAAGAGGAGGGGACGAUACCAUUAAGCUGUGGGAUACUCGAAAGUUCAAAACACCAAUCACUGUCGCCUCGCAUCCCUCGACUUCAAGUCAGUAUCCGUCGUCUAAUAUUCAAUUCUCUCCUUCAUCAGCAAACGUGAUUACGGGUUCAGCAUCUGGCCAUCUUCAUAUUCUCAAUCCAGCGACUCUCAAGCCGGAACUUGUCACUCCAGUAACUCCCGGAUCACCAUUGAUCACAGUUUUGUGGCACGAGAAGCUUAACCAAAUAAUCACCGGGUCUGCUAAUGCAGAAACCCAUGUUCUUUACAACCCCAAUACUUCAUCUCGCGGCGCUGCUCUUGUCAUGUCUAAGGCGCCGAAGCGACGACACAUUGACGAUGACCCUACUCUCACAACGGACCUAUCGCAAGGCAUCUCUGGAGACAGCAUCGUCACACCUGGGGGAAUGAUGGCCGGACGGAACACGGCGGCCACUAGCUUUGCUGCUAGACAUCCAACCAUUGGAUUGACUGCGUCAGGUCGGUCUCGGGAUCCACGGAGACCCCAUUUACCUGCGCAAACCCCAUUCGCGAAGAGUCAACCAGACGAAAAGCACAUUCAAGAACAUAUUCCUUUGAGCUCCAUGCGAGACGAGGACCCGCGAGAAGCGCUUCUCAAAUAUGCCGAAAAGGCAGAGAAGGAUCCUCUAUUCACCAAUGCAUGGAAACAAACCCAACCAAAGACAAUAUACGCUGACAUCAGUGAUGACGAAGCUGAUGAGGGGCCUGAUAAGAAGCGCCCUCGCACAUAG